AUGAUCACAGUGUAUUUUCCACUUGAUAUAUUUUCCUCUAUCUCUUUAUUAAACAUCCUGUAUUUUUCUGAGUACAAGUCUUUUACCUUCUUGGCUAAGUUUAUUCUUACAUUUCAUAAUAUUUUUUAUGCAAAGUUAAAUGGGAUUGUUGGUCUGAUUUCCCUUUCUGAAAAUUCAUUAUUGGUGUAUAAAAGUACCAUCAAUUUCUGGGUGUUAAUUUUGUGUCCUGCUACAUUGAUGAAUUCAUUUAUUAAAUCUAGGUGUGUUUUUUGUGUGGAGUCUUUAGGGUUUUCUAGGUACAAUAUCAUGUCUCCUAUGAAUAAUAAAUGUUUUACUUCCUCCUUUCCAAUUUGGAUGCCUUUUAUUUCUUCUUCUUGUCUGAUUGCUGUGGCUUGA